AUGAGCGAUAAGUUAGUCUCAUCACCCAGAACGCUUUCUAUCCGUACCUCUCGUCUGAUUCUGCGCAAGGCUCGCGAGGACGAUCUCGAAGAUGUUCAUGCCUUCUUAUCACAAGAGGAUGCCGUUAGAUAUUGGUCAAGCAGUCCAGCGUACUCGAACCUUGCGCAAUCCCUUGACUGGCUCGAAACGAUGAUAGCGUCUCCACACAAUGGAGUCACAGACUUUGUCAUCGAGCUCAUAAAUACCGACUACGGAUCUACGUCAAAACCGAGGCCCGGCCCAGUCAUUGGUAAAUUAGGCUGUUGGGAUAACACCGACGUUAUCAGCUUUAUCUUGAACAAGUCGUUCUGGGGCAAAGGGUAUGCAGCGGAUGCCUUACAAGCUUUUUCGUGGUAUAUGUUUGCGUUUACUGGAGAGAGCCAGGACGGGAGGAGGAAAACCCCAGCCGAUAAGCUCAUAGCCGAUGUCGAUCCAAGAAACAAACGUUCCCGGACGCUACUGAGGAGGUGUGGGUUUGUGGAGUUUGCAAGGGGCGGGCGGACGAGAAAGACGCAUUUAGGAUGGUGCGAUAGCAUUUAUUAUGAACUCACUAGAGAGCGGUGGGAGUUUUUGAACGGAACGUCCUCCGGGACAUAG